AUUUCUAAUUUCUCUUCCCCAAUUUUCAGAUCCAUCCCCAUCUCUCUCUCUCUCUCUCCCUCUCAAUCGCGCAGCGCAAAGAGGCGACGAAGAUGGCGUUGAGGGCAUUCUACAACGAGAUCAAGGGCUUGAAGGUGAAAGAUGUGCCGGCGCACCUCAAACCCUAUUUCAGCGUGAAAUACGUGAAGAACGCCGCUAAUCGUUGGGUGUCCAAUUAUUACGACAAAUACAUCGAGACCAAUUCCAUUGACCCAUUGUAUCACGUCUGCUUCGGUGGAAUGGCAUUGUCCUACCUCGUCGCCCUCCCCGAGGAGCGCCGCCACCUCGAGCACAAAAACGCCGGCCACCACUGAUCUAGCCUGGUUGGUUCGAACUUCGAAGUGGGAGCUGUGUAGAGUAACAAAUAUUGUACUAUAUGAUAUCAUCAAUUGACCGUUAGGGCUGCAUUGCUAUGUUACUGAGUUACUGAAUGAUCACGCGGCAUUGGUCAUAUGUGUUUACAGGUAGAAUUGAAAUAUCAGAUUAGAUGAUAAAAGCAAUGUGAUUGUAUAUGUGCUCUACUUCAUAGAUGGAAUUGAAAUUAUUAGAUUAGAUUAUAAAAGCAAUUAUAGAUAUGUUACUAAAAUUUUGAGCUGAUUUAUACAUUUUGGUGAGGAAGUAUGAAAAAAAUUUAUACUCCAUUAAACUUUCA